AUUUUAAGUGGGAUUGUCGCCGGUUCUUACUUUUAAAUUGAACAUGUCGGCUUGUGCGUGAUGUUUAUAUAUUUGCUGAGUUUUGAGCGGCAGCAACAUCGGUCAUGGGAGUGACUUGUGUAUAUGCAUAUCCAGUUCCAGAGGGUAAGAGUGGCCCCUCUGUAGUUGAAGGACUGCAGCGCCAGGUAGAGCUCCUUGGUGCUGUACGAUCAGGCACUUUCUGUGUAGACUGUGACACAUUUCAGUCCAUUCUUCAAAGUAGCAUGAACUCCCAGCCAAAGACCUUCUAUGUCCUGCACGACAGUGAACAGCCUGCUUCCUGCUUUGCAAUAACAGAUACGGGGCUUUGCCUCACAGCGGACACGUUGUUUGAUGGUCUGGUAUCCAAACUGAAGAAUUACUAUCAGCAGCGGAAGAAUGCUAAGAUGGAAGCCAAAGGCCAGCGAUACGAGCUAGGAGAUUUUCUCAUCAAAGUGGGUUCAGUGUCCCUUGCAGGCAGCUUCAAAGGCAUAAUUGUUGAAGUGGAAUACAGUCCAUGCGUGUUAGCUUCUGACUGUUGGGGUCUGAUGAAGGAACUGCUUCAGACGGUAGUUGGGAACUUGGCAGAUUCACCUCCAUCUGUUCUCAAGAUGAAGAUGGAUGAGCUGUACACACCUGCCAUUACCAUGUCCCAGUAUCUCGAACUCUUCAACAAUUUUAGGAAGAUGGCUACCCCUACACAGAUUAGCCGUUGAUGUCCAAACUGCACCAGGUACCUGUGGCCCAAGUUGCAUAAGCAUUCCUGUGGUGAAUGUUUGUGUUGUGCGUACAUCCAGCUAUUUGAUGACCUUUGUGAAGCCCAGAUGGGGUCAGAUGUACUUUUGACUACAAAAACUGAAAGACACUGGAGUCAAAGAAUAGGAAGGUAUUGCUUGCAGUGGAUGAUAUCACAGCCUAUUGAAUUUUUUUUUUUUAAAAGAAGCUAACAUUAUGGUGUAGCAAGCAGAAAACCACAUGAAGAUCAGGGUCAUCAAGAGUACAUAGUUGUUGAGUUCAAGAACUUUGCCUGUCAAAUCAGAAUCUGUUGCUCUUGACACCUGUGCAUUGCCUGCACAAGAUGUGCAAUGGAUGGUAUUUAAAGCCACAUAUAUAUAAGUCAAUUGGCAAUUGAAGUUCCUCAUAAAAUGCAAGGGAAUCGGUUUGAGUUUCUAAAUUGUACAGGUUGGUGUGUGUGUUGGGGGGACGGAUGCUACAUUGAUCCAGCUGAUAAGGUUCUUCACAGUUCUUUUCAGUCUGCUUGUGUUGCCCUCUUGUCUGUGCCAAGCAUCAGACAGGAGAAAUUCAGCAGGCACUCCUUUUCCUUCUCAGGCCCCUCUGGAAUUCUUCCCCUUUGUCUUAGAAGUCUCCUUUUGAUGCCUUCAAAACCAGCCUCAAAACCCUUCUUUAUAAGAAACAUCUCGUAUAAUCAAAAGUACUCCACCCACAUUUCUUUAUCUAUGUACUUUUUUCUGUGUAGCUGCUUGUAAGUUCAUUUGUAAUCUUUGAUGUGCAGCACGUUGAACUCGAAUCCACAUGGGAAGUGCGCUUCACAAAUCUAUUAUUAAAGUAGUGGUUCGUGUGUGGCAGUAAACAGGUCUACUUUGAAAAGAGUCAUGGUUUCCUCUGCUUUUCUUAGGUUCUUAAUCUAAUUUGUCAUUGUAGGUAAGAACAGCAGUAAUUUCCUGCAUGAUGAAGAUAGCAAAGUAGUUUUUAUUGUCUUAAAGGCAAUCUUGUGAAUGGUGCACUAGCAUGACAUAGUACACUGUUAGCAGUGCUCGUUGAUCACAGGUGCGAAUCAAGUGCUUUGUUAGCUGAUAAUUAAUGGAUAGGUUUUUGAAGCGAAAGUUUACAGGUUAGUUUAAUAUCGCCUACGAUAUCUGAAAAGAACACAAACUUUUCAGGUUGGUCUUUAAGAGUUUUCUUUUUAUCCUCUGCCUGUUGUCACUUGCAUCAAAUUAUUAUUGUUUACACUCUAGGUUACUUUGUGAAUUGCAGUUUAGAUGAAAGAAGCACAGGUACUGCAAGAGGAUCCAUGAGCUGCCUUUAAGGACAGAGUGUUAAAGGUCUAGUGGGGAGCAGAUUUUUUGUUAUGAGUAAAAUCUUUGUACAGCAUUUCCAAAUUCUGGAUGAAUUCCCCUCUUCUGUUCCUGACACACACCUAUAAACAUUAUGAAUGCCCAAUUAACAUAUGAUCCUUGUUUGUCUUGAAAUGUGUUUGAUGUCAUACUGUGAAGGUAAGUGAUACUCAUUUAAUCUUUGCAUUGAGACAUGCUAUGAAAAGUAGUUUUGAGAUGAUCUGGAUGAAAUAAAAGUAUUUUCAAACAUCCCA